AUGAUGUUAUCUCCUUUACGAUUUGUUGGUAGUUCUGUGGUGAAAAAUAUGACUCUGUUCAAUGGAAAAUUGAGAAAAUUAUCAUAUUUAAAAGAUACUAGUGUUCGAGAUAUUCAUAUAACCUCUAAUGUUAUGAGAGAAUAUAAAAUAGGGAAUAAAAAGGUGCGAUCUCAUGUUAAAGGAAAAACUACAUCUAUAGAAGGAGAGGGAUCACAUGUAGUGGAUGUUUCUUCUGUUAGUAAGGGAACUUUAUUUCCUGAUGCUUCAACGCAACAUAAAUAUUUUAAUGGUAUACAAUAUUCUCAUUUACCUAUUAUCAACAUAAAGACGACUCAAAAUAACACGAUAAUGACUGUUACUGAUCACACUGGAAAAGUAAUGAAGAUUCAUUCUGCUGGAAUCGAAGGUUUUAAAAAUUCAAAGAAAGGCACCAACAUUGCUGCCCAACAAGCUGCAUAUUCAUUAGGAGUCCGUUUGUAUAAGGAAGGCAUUACAACACUCAGGGCAAGAAUACAAGGUAUUGGACCUGGUAGAAUGGGGUCAUUAAAAGGUUUACAUCUAGCAGAGUUAUCCAUUGUUUCUAUCACAGAUGAUACUAGAGUAUCAUGGAAUCCUCUAAGAGCAAGAAAACAAAGAAGAAUAUAAUUUAUAAAAUGUCUCAUUGUGUAUUUAAU